AUGGGAGAAGUAUUCACAUUUGAUGGGAAUGUUGAUGACCUCCUAGAAAACUACAGUUAUUUUUCCACUGUUGAUCCUCCCAGCAUAGAUGGAUCUAUCAGUUCUGGAGCAGCACCCUGCAAGUCUGAAGUGGUGACCACUGGAUUCAAAUAUGCACUGGCAUCCAUCUAUUGCCUGGUGUGCCUUCUGAGCCUGUUGGGCAACUCACUGGUGGUGCUGGUGGUCACUUAUAACAGGGGAAACCGGUCUGUUACUGAUAUCUAUCUCCUGAACCUAGCCAUCGCUGAUAUUCUCUUUGCCCUCAGCUUGCCCAUAUGGGCCGUUUAUCGAGCUCAUGAGUGGAUCUUUGGCACUGCCAUGUGCAAAAUUGUCUCCACCCUACUGCAGGUCAACUUCUAUAGUGGCAUCCUCCUGUUGGCCGCUAUCAGCAUUGAUCGCUUCCUGGCCAUAGUUUAUGCUACUCGAGCAGCCACUGAGAAGAGGCACUGGGUCAAGUUUGUUUGUGUUGGCAUCUGGCUGUUCUCCUUGCUCCUCUCCCUCCCCAUCAUCUCCUCCCGUGAGGCUUUUCAGUACUCAGAUCCCCCUCAAAUAGUUUGUUAUGAGAACAUUCAGGGAAGCAAAACAUCUGAGUGGAGGGUGGUGCUGAGAAUCCUGCCACAGACGUUUGGCUUCAUCAUCCCAUUGAUCAUCAUGCUCUUUUGCUAUGGGAUGACAGUGCACCAGCUUUUCCAGACCAAGAAUAGCCCAAAGAAGAAGGCCAUGAAGAUCAUCCUGGCUGUGGUGCUGUUCUUCCUGGUGUGUUGGCUGCCCUACAAUGUCUCCCUGCUUGUUGAUACCUUGUUGAGGACUGGUGUUAUUGCAGACAGUUGUGAGCGCCGUUCUGUUCUUGAUAGAGCCUUUUUAGGUACAGAGAUUCUGAGCUUCACUCACAGCUGCAUCAACCCCUUCAUAUAUGCCUUCAUAGGGCAGAAGUUCCGAAACAACUUCCUGAAGAUCUUGGUCGCCCGAGGCCUCAUCAGCAAGGAAACCCUGAAUCAAUACAGAAAGGGAUCUUCCUUCUCAUCUACUUCUGGCAACAACUCAACGACCCUUUAAUUGCCAUGUUGAAAGGAGAGAAGACAGAAUUCGUAACAGAAUGGUUCAGCUAUUGUUACAUUGAAGGUCUCAGUAGACUUCAAGCUUCAUGCUAUGUUGAUAACGCUGUGAUGCUUCAAAAGUUUUCUGCCAAUUUCAGCUGUGAUUUGACCAUACUAAUGAGUUCUGAUAUUCAAUUUCCUCCUCUUUCUCAAAAAGGCCACAUGGAUAAAAAUAUAGUCUCAAUGAUAUCCAAAAGCUUGCCAGUCUUUCUGCAUCCAUUCUGUCCAAAGUAGAAUCUCGUAAUAGAUGUUUGGGUAGCAAUUGUUGUCAUUUUCAUGUGAGCUGAACUAAAACAUGCAAUAUCCUGAGAGUUAACAAAUGUAAAAAUAAUUCCUUCUGUAUUCUUCAUUCUUUUUUUGUUUUAGAUCCAUCCAACUUUGUAUAUUUUAAACUGAAUGUUUGUAUAUCCUGAUGAAGACAGGUCUUUGCUGUAAGUUGAUGCAUGCAACUCUGGAAAGAGAUAUGUAGUACAAGGAACUGUUUCCACCAUUGGGGAUUUCUCAUCUUACUGGAUCUGAUGCUCAGAAUUCGGAGCUGUGAAGGCAAGUUCUGUCAGAACAGCGGUUUGCAGACAGCCACUGGUCAGGCAGGGACCCACUGGGGUCUCUACAGGCUGCACAGCCUUGGAUGCCAGACAUCGCAGGGAACAAGUACCCAUCUAUUCCAUAGGGAUUCUCUCCAUACUCGGGGAAGUGGUGGCAAAGCAGAAGGCCUGCCAGAUGUUCCAUAGAGAUAUAUCCUUUUACAAGUACUAAAUGAGAUGGUUCUUAUAGCUGAGGUUUCCUGAAUAAAGUCUUCUGUAUUAUCUGC